UUUUUUUUUUCUAAAAAAAAAAAUAUGGCGUCUACGACAAAAGAGCAAGAAACAAAAGCUCUGUUUACAGACCUAAAUAAAGCUAUUGAUAAUUACAAUGACGAACUUUGUUUAGAAAUUUGUGAAAAGCUAAUUAAAUUAAAUCCUAAUGAUCAACUUGCACUUCAAUGUAAAGUCGUUAGUUUAAUUCGUCUCGAAAAGUACAAAGAUGCUCUUACAAUAAUUGCUCGUCAAUUUAAAAACAGUGAUAUUGAUUUAUCUUACGAGAAAAUCUAUUGUUAUUAUCGUACAAAUCAACUGAUGCCUGCUAUGGAGCUUUUGAAUGAACUCAAAUCCAAACAAAAAAAUGUGGAUCCUUCUUUAUCCUAUCUCGAAGCUCAAUUGCUUUAUUCUCAAGGCCAAUUUGAAAAAGCUGUUGAAGUUUAUGAAUCACUUUUAAAAUCUACCGGCAAGAAUAAUCAUCUCCAUGAUGAGAUUCAAGUCAAUCUAUUGGCUGCAAAGGCUGGUCUACUAUUUUCUAAUAAGGAAGUAGUUAAAGAUGAUUUUAAUGUACAAGAAAGUGCUGAUCUUUAUGAAGUUGCUUACAAUGCAGCUUCUGUCUAUUUGGCUCGUGGUGAUAUCAAAAAAGCUCAAGAGCAACUUGAAUUGGCUUACAAACAAUGUAGUGAUAGAUCACAAGGAAUGAGUAAAGAAGAACAAGAUGAGGAAUUAGCUGUGAUUUCAACACAAUUAGGUUACACCUAUCAAUUACAAGGCCGUAUUAAUGAUGCUAUGAAAAUCUAUAAGCAACUUUUAAAUUCGAGUGAUGUUACCGUUGCUGCUGUUGUAUCCAAUAAUAUGGUUGCUAUUGAUCAGAAUAAAGAUUUGGAAGAUGCCACAAAGAAAUUGAAAAUUGCCACAACUAAAGAGGCUGACGCCAAGCUUAAGAAUUAUCAAAAACGUAUCAUAUCUAUGAAUGAUACUUUAUUACAGCUUUAUAAUCAAAAAUAUUCUGCCUGUAGAGAUCAAGCUCAAAAGUUGAUUGAAAAAUAUCCCGAUAACGAUAGUUUAUAUCUUAUUUUGGCCAGUGCAACUUAUCAUCAACACAAGGCUGAUAAGGCUAUUGAGGAGCUUAAAAAAUAUGCUGAAAGAAAGCCUAGUUCAGUUGCUAUUCGUUUUGCUACAAUCCAAUUACAAUUACUCGAGUCUCAACCUGCUUCUGCACUUGUUACCUUGCAAUCUUAUUUAGAUACAUUAAAGGAAGACAAGCAAAGAUAUUAUCAACCUGGCUUGAUUGCGUUGUUAGUUUGGUUAUACGAACAAACAGGACAGUCUGUAAAGGCUAUAGAAACAUUGGAUCAGGCUUCUGAUGUUUGGAAGAAUGAUAGUUCGUUUAAGAAUACAACAGCACCUACAUCUACUAUCAAGCAAGCAGCUGUUUUCAAAUUAAAGACAGGGCGCUUCCAAGAAGCUGUUGCAGAUUAUGAGCAGUUGGUUAAAGCUGAUCCUUCCGAUGCUCAGGCUAUUGCUGGUUUAAUUGCUGCUUAUGCAGAAGUAGAUCCUCAAAAGGCAGAGCAAUAUGGAAAUGCAUUACCUUCUGUUGCACUUGGUCAUUUGGAUAUAGAAACAUUAGAGACGAUUGUACCUGGUGUUAAACGAGGUUACAUUCGAAAAGAUCCUCAUGCUCCUCAUGUUCCAAAGCCCAGAAUGAAAAAGAAGAAAGCACCUAUUUAUCCCAAGAACAUGGAUCCUCAGACCAAACCUGAUCCUGAACGUUGGCUUCCCAAGUAUGAAAGAUCUACAUUCCGUAUGAAGGGAAAGAAUAAAAAGGCAUUAAAUAAGGGGCCACAGGGCGUCUCUUUAGAGGGUGGAGGAAUUGGAGGUACAGGUAGUGCUAAUAUUGGAGGCAAUAAAAAGAUACCUGAGCCUAUCAAAGAAAAGAUUUCAACUUCAAUGCCUUCAAAGAAUAAAAAGAAAAAGGGAAAAGGAAGAAGAUAAAAUUAUGAAUAAAUUUUUUUUUUUGUAUUCUGCU